CUGCAGCAGUCAGUCUGAGCGCGGUCUCGUCGUGUUUUUCCUCCCGUCUUUCUCAUUUCUUCAUGACUUGUUUUCGGCUCCAAGCUUAAAUUCUCGGCCGUCACGGACCGUGGUAUCCACGCACACGUUCCGCAGCGCGCGCGGGUGUAGUCCCUCGCCUGAUUUGCACUGGCACGGGUCAUCUCAGGUUAGAGCCUGGCGCUGUGUCCCGUUCAGCUUGGCCCACGAAGAGCAACACUGGAUCCAGCUGAGGAGGAAUGCACGGCCAGUAGGACACCGAGUCGUUUCAGGAUCCAAGCUUCGUUCUGCAUAUGCGGUUCAUUCCACUCAGGUUGUCCUGCUUUCACUGAUGUGGUCUAAAUGAAAUGGGGACACCUUUUUCGGGUGUUCCUCUCGGGGAGCUCAGCUGCUCUUCUGUACAGCUCACACUCAGACCUCAGCCCUUUCUCUGGUUCCCAGAUGUCUGAAGAGGCAUUGAGGAUGUCAUCUUGGCCUUGAAGCCCACCAGUAUGUCAGAGCCUGCAGAAAAAUGCUCCCCCCGCUGGAAAGAUGAGGCUGUUCAAAAUGGUUACAUACCAAGUUACCUGGACAAGGAUGAGCUGUGUGUAGUGUGCGGGGACAAAGCCACCGGCUAUCACUAUCGCUGCAUCACAUGCGAAGGUUGCAAGGGGUUCUUCAGGAGGACCAUUCAGAAAAACCUCAACCCGACCUACGCCUGCAAGUACGAGGGGAAGUGUGUCAUCGACAAGGUGACCAGAAACCAGUGCCAAGAAUGUCGCUUCAAGAAGUGCAUUGCAGUAGGAAUGGCAACAGACUUGGUGCUGGAUGACAGCAAGAGGCUGGCCAAGCGGAAGCUGAUCGAGGAGAACCGGGAGCGCCGGCGAAAGGAGGAAAUGCAGAAAACAGUGUGGGACCGACUGGAGCCAUCACAGGAGGAGUGGGAGCUCAUCCGUUUGGUGACGGAGGCCCACAUGUCCACGAAUGCACAGGGCAACCACUGGAAGCAGAAGCGGAAAUUCCUGGUCGAGGAAGCAAUGCUUCUUAAUGAAAUAACAUGUAAUUUAUUCUAUACUUCUGACCAGAGUGCAGCAGGGGUGAAGGAUACUAAGCCUGAGGAUUGUGGUCAAGCCUCCAUGGUCAGUGCAGCUGAGGAAAACAAAGUGGAUAUUGAAGCCUUCAGUCAGUUUACAAAAAUUAUCACCCCUGCCAUAACCCGAGUGGUGGACUUUGCCAAAAAACUGCCUAUGUUCUGUGAGCUGCCUUGCGAAGACCAGAUCAUCCUGCUGAAAGGCUGCUGCAUGGAGAUCAUGUCACUGCGAGCGGCCGUGCGUUAUGAUCCAGAGAGUGAAACCCUCACGCUCAACGGUGAAAUGGCGGUAACUCGAGGUCAGCUUAAAAACGGAGGACUUGGCGUAGUUUCGGAUGCCAUCUUUGACCUUGGUGUGUCGUUGGCCUCCUUCAACCUGGAUGACUCUGAGGUGGCUCUCCUACAGGCUGUUAUCCUUCUUUCAUCUGAUCGUCCAGGUCUGACCAGUGUGGAGCGAAUUGAGCGCUGCCAAGAAGAGUUCCUGCUGGCCUUUGAACAUUACAUAAACUUCCGCAAGCACAAAGUGGCCCAUUUCUGGCCAAAGCUGCUAAUGAAGGUGACGGACCUGCGGAUGAUCGGCGCCUGCCACGCCAGCCGGUUCCUCCACAUGAAAGUGGAGUGCCCCACCGAGCUGUUCCCUCCACUUUUCCUGGAGGUCUUUGAGGACUGACAAAUGGAUUUCAGUGUAUGAGUGUGCUUGGAUUGUUUGUAUAUGUGUGUCCAAAGCCUGGGCGCCCUGGUGGUCUCAGGGGUGGCACCAGCUGAAGGCCCAUCUCCUUGAACCUUCUGAUAGCACUACUGAGUGUCACUUAAUUCCAUAGUUUAGGGCUAGCUCUCUGGUCUAGUUUGGAUGAAACCAUUCCUCACAUUGCGGGUACAUGUGAAUAGCCUUUUUUUCCUGGUUUGUUAUUAUUUUUGUGCAUAUAACUUCUCGCGUCCGAUUUGACGAUAGUUUCUUUUUCUGGAUAAUUGUACAGUUGGCAUAACGGUGAUCUUAUCAACAGUUGUUUGUAGGUUAGAAACCAUGGAAAUGUUGAAUUUGUUUUCUUUAUGUUAUAAAAAACUCAGUGAAAACUCCUUUGAUACAGACCAGGUCUGUUAGUUCUCUCCAUAAUCCAUGCCUGAUUGGUCCCAUUUACUGGUUUAUACAUUAAGUUUGUACACACUGUUAAAUGACUCACUCUGAAAGGUAGCUGCUCACAUCUCUAGAAAACCAAACCAUGUCAAGGUUACAACAUAAAGCUGCGUUCAGAAGCUCUUGGACAAAUCUGAAUUUUCAAAGUAGGAACCCACUGCAUCCCAAGUAGGUAUGGGUCCGUUUCUAGCAUUAAGGUGUGCCAAUAUUUUAAAAGUUUUGGGUAUCAAAUCCACCACAAUUUUACAUCAUAUUGUUCCUUUGGCUUAAAGUCCUCCUAAUAAGACACCAGUGUGACACACAAGGUGGUCUCCAGCUGUAUGAACCAUACAGUGCUGUCCGUCCCCACCUUUUGCUGCGCACCGACAGACAGCUGGCUGAAAAGAGGCUACUGCACUUCUCUCACACUUAAAGAAAGGCAGUAUUUCUCAUUGUGAAAAGCAGUGCCCCUGAUUACUGUUCACCUGAGCACAUACACAGACUAGAUCUAAUCAGCUAACGUUAGCUCGUUGUACUCUGUGUUGUAGUCUCCACAAUAAGCAUGUUUACUCCUAAAUUUUGUCUUUGUUCUAUAUAUUAUUUAGAUAUGUUAGUAUAUGUUAUUUUAUAAUCAAAAUAUGAACAAAUAGAUACAUUAUUAUAACUGUAUUAAUAAGUACGUUCAUUUAUUUUUGCAGCAGUAGGAAUUAUUUUUGCUUAUCUGUUUUCAAUAAAAGUAUUAUUCAGUUAUUAUUUUCUUUAAUUGUUUUUGUGUUAAUACCAUGAGCCUUUUUUUCUAGAUUAUCAUCCUGUGAGAAUAUUAUUCCUAAUCAUCAGAUAAAGCUCCAUGCAGGAAGAAAUCAAGACUGGUUGCUUAAACAUCACAAUAUUCAAAACAGAACAUGUGGAGAGCAGAAUGGUUAUUUUAUUUGUACACAGCUGUACUUUUAUACCGUGUUGUUACUGUAACCAGAUGCUGAAAAAACAUAGUCACUAGCUAUUCCAGCUAGGAGCACUAGUCAAAGUAACGUGCUAAGAUAGUUAUCAGUUUCAGGAAAGAUAUUGAGGGUUCAUAACCUCCUAACAGAUCCCCACAUUAAAAAUGGCAAAUUUAAUAGAAAGGUUGGAGAAUGAGAUUUGUCCGACAGUUAAAGGAACGCAGCUGCAGCAUUAAACCACUCUUCAUCCCCACAGACUGGUCAGGACCCAGACAAACACACAGAUUUUCUAAUUUCAGGAACAUUUAGGACUCAUUUUUGUGAAGCUGAUUUUGUGCCAAAACAAAGUGUGUGACAUUAAACUCAUUUCUUAGAGAAGAAGAUGGUGAAUCAGGCAAUGUUGCACACAAAGAGUGAGUCAUGUUUCAGUGAAUCUCAGUUUGAAAUGCUUCAUCUCAUACAUUCAGUAUUGUUUUUUCUUCUGCUUUAACUCUGUGGUAAAGCAGGGAUGUCAUGGUGCUACGAUGGUGAGCUAUUGGAAUGAAUUGUGUUCUUAUUUACGUUUGAAUUGCAGCUCAGCAUGCUCUUGCAGUGACACCCAUAUAGACUAACACACACACACAUUCUCAAAUACAAUGUAGUGCACUAUGGCUAACACCUAGACCAUUCAGCCAUAACAUUAUGACCGUAUUAGUGUCUUGUUCCCAUCAAAACAGCUCCAACCUGUUGAUAAUAAAUCUGCCAUCAGUGGCAGAGCAUUUAACUCUUAGAUGAUGAGGUAUACACCUGGUUUUCCAACAUGUCCUUCAGAUGCUCAGUUGGUCUGAGAUUGAGGAAAUCUGGAGGCCAAGUUAAUACCUCUUGGUUGUUUUCCUGAAAUCAUUCAUAAAAAAUCUUUAAAGAGAGAAAAGGAGCAACAUCCUGAGAACAAAAGCAGCCCAGUCAGAUUAUUACAACUGUGAUCACAAUAGUGUUUAAGUAGGUGGUAGAUGUCAGAGUGUCAUAACAUCUGAAGUUUCCCAGCAGAACCUUGUCUAAGGCAUGAGACUGGCCAGCCGCCUUGCCUUCUUCCCCUCCUGUUGCCAUGUCUUCCUCAGGUAAGCACCAUCCACUUCAUGUAAACCAAAUAUAGUUAUAUCAGAACCAACAGGCUACUUCCCUUCUACACCCUUGGUUAUGGGCACAGAGGAGCAUCAGUAAGCUGACUGGCCUGAGCCCGAACAGUGCCAUAUACAUCUAACGGCACCACACUGAUGGUUCUGACACCUUCCUACCUCAAUCAGCACCACCUUUCUCAGCACGUUUAGCUGCAGCUAAAGGAAAAGGGUAGAUUUCUUUGGUGUUUCAACUGCAAGUAACCAUGGAAGAAAUUUAGCCAGAAAAAGGCUGAUGAUGGUAAGCAGUACAUUUUAUUUCCAAGUAAAUAUUAAAUGGAGAUUUAUGGAGGCAGUUUUGAGUAUCUCAAGUUCUUCUGCGUUCCCGUUUUGUCCUGUCAGUUUAAAAUGUUUACAGCUGUUUUCUGCUGUUUAAAGUUUAAAUCAUGAACGUCUGUGGUGGAGGAGGAAGAAAGUCCAUCAGUAGAUCAGAGGACCGGAGCCUCUCUCCCACCCUCAGCGGAUGAGAAUGUCAUCAGUCAACACUGCUGCAGUGGCAGAAGUUGGUGCUCAGCAUCUGCAGACAUGAUGACCUGAUUGGGACUCCACACUGGAAACCCUUACAAAAAAUGGCUUCUGCUCCCACUACCCACUGGUUUACCUGUUUUUCUAUCUUAGACCACUAGGUCCAAACCCCUGGAGACCAGGAAAAUCCGGCAUGACUUCCUGCUAGGAUGGAACAGUCUCGAGCCUUUAGUCUUUUCCAGUGUGUCUGCUUUUAAUUCACCUGUUCAAAGAAGAGAAUGUUCACUUGCUUCCUAAUACAUCCCACCCAUGGCCAGAUGGGACAGAAACAGGACAUCAGUGUUUCAGUCCCACAUGUCAGUGGCCCAAAUGUUAUGGCUGAUUGAAUUACAUGCCCAGAAAGCACACAGGUCAGACCCUAGCACUAUGCCAGCUGAUGGGACUUAGAAGUGGAAUGAAUGCUAACUUGUCCAAAACAAAUAUGAUAUCAUCAGCAUAUUCUAGUUAGGAAUCUCGUGAGAAGGUGUAAACACCGCUCUCUUUCAUUACUUUUAUUCUAAUCAUUAUGUGUUUUUGUUCUUGUUCUAAGAUGACCAGGAUUUUGUUCCCAUGGCGAGUUUCAUUUUUACCCAGCUUCAUGCUCCACCUAAAAGCAGCUUGUGGGUCUGUUUUUGUUUUUGUCUCAUUUCUGUGAAGUGAUGCCUUUUUAUCAAAGCAAUAGACUUGCUGCAGUGUUAAGAAGACCCGGACCUCACACAAACCCACACACCUCGCAAACUGUACAGAUUCUAACAAAAUGCACAGACAAUCAGUGAGAGGGAGGACGUGAAGGUAGCCCAACCUGAGAUGCAGGGUCAGGCCAUGCUGAGCCAGGGGGGUUUGAAAAUGUAGCACCGACCACGUUUAGGUGCUCCUGCCGUUCUCAUGUGCAGGUCUUACAUCACUAGUAAGAACCUUUAUUUUAUAGUCUUCACAAUGUCUUUGUAGAGAGAUUAUCCUUUUUUUCUAUUGUUUGACAACAAAAAUCCAUAUGUCUGGCCUCUUGUUAGUAGCAUGUUCAACAGCAGAUAUAAUUAUCUAGUGGCCCUUUUCAGACAAAAACACCCAGUAACUACAUUCAGGAAACUAAAUAAGGCCCCAGCUCUACACUUACUGUAUUUGUAUUUUGCCAAUAUUUUACAAAAAAGCCAGACAACUCCAACACCUUCUACUCAUGCAUUAAGAGUUUUAAAGCAGAUUUAAAAUGGUUGUAUAAACAGAAUUAGCAGGAUUUAAUAAAAAUCCAAUAAUGCCUUUUGUUUUUUUCCAAAGUUCCAAUUUGGGAGCUGGGAGUGACGUUACAACUGAGUUGAGACUGUUCCAAGACAGAAAACAGUGGUUGAAGCUUUUGGUUCUAACUAACUAAAACAAGCUAACAAUAUAGUUCUCUCCAUUUUUUGUGUUCAAGCACUAAAGGAACAUGUUUUCAGAUAUUUUACAGCGGUAUGGGUGACACAUUAAGCCAUGAGAAAAGCUCAUAAAUAAUUCAAAUCAACAACUUUGACAACAUUGUAUUUGCAUGGUGGCCAUACUGGAUACAGAACUCUAAGCUAUUUAAUGAGCUUCAUCUUUGGGAGGGGAAGUUCUUCUUUUUUUGACUGGAAACUGGAAAAUCUCACUUUUGAAUACAGAGCGCAACAUUAGUUUAUGGAAUUUGCUUUAAACUUUUAUAAACUAAAUAUGUUUAAAUAAAUGAACCCAAUUCUAAGCCAAAGUUUGACUAUAGCAACCAGCAGUGUGUGUUUUACAAGUUAAUUGGACAGAACAUAAUAAGACUCAUAAACGCUUUCGCAGUUCCUUCUAUUAGAGAUCGCUGUGUUUUACAGUGUAUAGUCUUAUCUAACUAUCACACUAAUAGGAACAAAAUUCACACUUUUCUUUGAUGGACAUCAGUUAAUGUAUAAAUAAAUCAGAAGGAUCUGGUCUUUGUCAAGAUUAACACAUUUAAAUUGCAACCUCAGUCACUGUAAUUGUGUGUAAAACUAAUUUCCAGCCAGGUGCUGCUAAUCUAUUGCUAAUGAUUAUUUUAUCAUCAAUAAGUGUGAACCUCUAAAAAACCUCAGUAGCUUUCAGGUGUGUGUUAGCGCAAUGUCAAGAAAAAUGACAUCCCCAAUGACCCUAGAGUAGCAACUGUUGCCGUGCAUCAAAACCUUCUUUCAUUAAAUGUUUAGGAAGUCAUUUCCAAACCAUAGAAUCAUUCUAGAGAUAGAAGGAAAUUUCAAAAUUUGACUUGUAAGUUGAAACCAUUCAAAGUACUUUCCAAAUGUUCCAGCAAAUUCACCUUGAGUUCCGCCUUACUGUUGUUGGACAAAUGAAAAACUAAAGAGGAACAUCUCAGACUCUAUGGGCCACAGUUAGCGUCUUCAGUGUUAAAGCUCAUCACAUUACGGUUAGCAAAAACACUAAACGUGUAUGACUUGGUUAGAAGAGUUCUUAGCAGAAACUGUUUUUCAGACAUGCACGAUGAUGAUGAUGCUUAUCACAGAAACAAACCUUCAUAAGAACAGUUGAGAAAAAAUGAAUCAAGAUGUUGCAAGGGCCUAGUCAAAGUCUAGACCUCAACCCAAGUGAACGGUGUGGUAGCAGAAUCAGUGAAAAAACAACAAUGCCUUCAGUUUUCAAGAUUUUAUCCAUCCACAGCAAUGUUUAAUUUGUGAGUAUUAGCCCACUGUGAGCGUCUAUCAUACAGAAGACUGAUGAAGUUACUGCUGGUACAGGUGGCUCUUCCAGGUAGUUCUCAGGAAUUUAAACAUGCUGUGAAGUCUGAUUGGAAAGUUGGAGACUCCUGAGUUAAAAUUCAAUAUGGCUGACGUGCAAAUAAAACAUGGAUCUUGCAGAAAUAACGUUUAUUUACACUUGUAGUGACAUUUAUCUUAUUAAAUGUGUACACACAUUUUUUUUUUAAAUGUUCCUUUAGCGUUUAAAUGCAUAGAAAAAGGGGCGAUAUGUUAUGAGCUCAAAUUGCUAGUAGUAUUUAGCUUUGUUAUUGGCUUCCUAAAUUGAAACUGGAAUACACCCAUCUCCUGCUCUGUUGUCUUGUCCUAAUGAGGCCAAUAAAGACAGAAAGAGCUAAAGGCCAAGCUUUAGGCUGCCCCCAGAAUCUGCAGAACUCCGGACAGUCAAAUGAACCAAAACUGAUGUUGACAUCAAAAUCAAACUCGAAGCUGUUAUUAUAAAUCCUGAGUUGUUUUCCUUUUCGACAUGUUCUUGGUUGUUGGUGCACAUAAAUGUUGUCAGUGCUGACUGCUCACUGAGAAACUAAAUUGUUGUCUCUUCACUGUUCUCUCUCCCACAACUUGUUCCUUUUAAGGUUACCUGGUUACAAACCAAUAACAAGACGUGCAUCAUUAAAUGUUAUUUUUACAUUACAAAGGAAAUAGGAUGUAUAUUUUCAGAAUGCGGAUUUUUUUUUUUACAGAUGAUAGCAUAAAAGGAACAUGUUAAUGUUUUUGUGUAGUAUUAACAAAGUAAAUGCUCUCAUGCUAAUCCAACAUCUUGGCAAAUAAAAGGAGCAAAGCAGCUAAAAUCAUGCAAUGUUAGUGCAGCGUUAGUUGUUCAAUAAAAUCUAUAUUACAGUACUGUAGCUGGACUUCACUGACGGUACAAAACGAAGCAGCUACACAUGCACACAUCUUAGGAGCAACCUCUGGAUCCAGGUGUACCCAGCAGCAGAGGUCAUCCACUGUCAGCACAGACUUCCCUCCUUGUAUAUUUGAGUGUUGUUCCUUGUGUGACCUGUUCUGUACUCACCUGUUCUACACUGACUGGAACACCAUCACAGAGAGAAAGGCAGUAAGGGUGGCAAUGAAUUGGUUUUACUGGAACUGUCCUCUGGUUAUCAACUGUCCAGUGGUUUCACAUGAACACAGAGGACCUUUUAGAGAAGGUUUUAAAUGCACAAAUUAGAUGAUGAAUACAACUAAUGUGAACUGGCUCUUGAGAAUAAAUAUGGUUUUAAGA